AUGUUUAAUAGUUCACUUAAUUUAAGACAACUUAGUAAAAUUAUAGCAUCUAGGAUUUUAGAUGGAGUUUUCAUUGGAAACUAUAUUCCUUUAUAAGUUCAUCAUAUUAAUCUAUGUUAGGAAUAGUAAUAUCUGAAAAUCAACCAAAUAACUCACGUAGUGAAUUGUGCAGCUUCAGAAAUCCAAGUUCCCAAUAAUUUAAAUGUGUUAAAUUAUUAUUGGAAGGAUGAAGACUCAUAAGUAAAGCUUUUAUUCUAUUUAGAUCAUCGUCACCAUUCAAAUAAUUAGAGAAAUUUCAGCUUUUGUUGAGAAAGCAUUAAAAAGAGGCGAAAGUGUACUAUUUUGUUGUGUAAAUGGUCAAAGUCGAUCACUUACUGCUCUGGUGAGCUAUCUUAUGUUCAGGUAAGUAUUGAAAUUAAUAUUUAUAGAUAUAGCUGGAGUUUAUUUAAAGCUCUUUAAUACAUCAACAUUUUGUAAAAGGAAUUCGAAAUUAGAGCCACUUUUUUAAAGUAGCUAAUUGUAUUUGAGAAAGAAUAAAUGAAAGGAAAAGUAAUUAGUCGAAAUUGGAAUCAAACACCCUUGGAUCAAGAGGAAAUGCUUCUAUAAAAUACUUACUUAAAUUCUGUACAAAAGGAAAAGGAUGAUCUAUUGAUGAAUAUGACUCAACAAAUUCCUUUAAAUUUGACAUAAAAGAAAGUCUCUUGGUAAAUAAAUUAGAUUGAGCUAUGCAAUCUAGAUAUUUUUUACAAUUUUUCAAAAGAAAAGAAGCAGAUUAAAUCCAUUUUAAAAACCAGUACUAUUUAACCAUCUGAUUUGAAUAAUUCUUAAUCAAAACCUUAAGCAAGCACUUCAUUUCAAAAGCCAAAAAGUAAGAAUGAAGAAUUGUUUAUCAGGAAAAACAGCUAGUACAAUAGAAAAAAUUAAUUGAGAACGUUGACUCCUCUUAAUAGAAGAAAAAAUUUUGACUCCCCUACUCCAAAAUUGAAUAUGGGAAAAUAUCUAGAAAUAGAGCUCUAGUCUUAAUAAUACCAAAAGAAAUUCAGAUCAUAGGCUACCUCACCUUAUUAUAAUUAAAGUCACAGAAAUUAGAAUGCAUCAUAUAACUCAGUUGAUUUAGAAUAAGAAUCUCCCAAAAAAAUUCCUCAUCUCUUGCGUAGGGCCUAAUUUAAAUUAUCCUAAUUGUUGUGA